UAAAGCGGAGGCGAGCGGACUCCCACGGCCUGUGAGCGGCAGCAGGGGCGACUUCAGCCGGGGUUUCUAGUAUAAACUUUGGUACCGGGAUUCCCAAAAGGACCAGAACGUGUUUUCUACCUCCACCCGCUGUCCUGUCUGCUCCAGGCGACCUGCAGGGUGAGCGCCGCCGGUCCGGAAUGAACGCUAUCCGGCUGGGUUUGUGAAGUUCCCGGCGCGGAGCUCCGUGUGGCGGCUUGCCGGGUGGGAGUAGGCGCUGCUGGGAGGCUGCUGUUUGCGCGGCUCGCUCAAACUCACGGUCUCCAGAGAGAGAGAAAGAGAGAGAGGAGUGACUCCAUGAAAGAUGUCAGAAGAGGUGAUUGUCAUCGCCAAGUGGGAUUACACAGCACAGCAGGACCAGGAACUUGACAUCAGGAAGAAUGAGCGUCUGUGGCUGCUGGACGAUUCCAAAACGUGGUGGAGGGUCCGGAAUGCAUCCAACAGAACCGGAUACGUCCCCUCCAACUACGUAGAACGCAAGAACAGCCUGAAGAAAGGCUCUCUGGUGAAGAACCUUAAGGACACUCUGGGCCUCGGCAAGACUAAACGAAAGGCAAGCACGAGGGACACAUCUCCAACGCCAAGCACAGAUGCUGAGUACCCAUCCAACGGCAGUGGAGGAGGAGCCGCCGAGCGAAUCUACGACUUGAACACUCCAGCCAUCGUCAAGUUCACCUACACUGCAGAACGGGACGACGAGUUGAGCCUGGUCAAGGGGGCACGCGUGCUGGUGAUGGAGAAAUGCAGCGAUGGCUGGUGGCGUGGCAGCUCUGACGGGCAGAUGGGCUGGUUCCCUUCCAACUACGUCCAAGAGGAGGAAGCCGGAGAAGACGGCAGCGACCCACCCGACUCGCUGGCCUCCCGGGCACCCCUUGUCAAUGGCCAGGGCCCUCGCGUCCUACACACAGUGCAGACCCUUUAUCCGUUUAGCUCGGCCACGGAGGAGGAGCUGAACUUUGAGAAGGGCGAGCUGAUGGAUGUAGUGGAGAAGCCCGAGAACGACCCUGAGUGGUGGAGGUGUAAAAACUGCCGUGGGCAGGUGGGCCUGGUGCCAAAAAACUAUGUGGUGGUUGUAAACGAUGGGCCGUCAGCCGACGACACAGGGUCCUGUUCCCAGGAGUACACUGGUCCUGCCCACACAGGGAUGUUUGCGGGCAAGGACUGGUACUACGGCAAUGUCACACGGCACCAGGCAGAGUGUGCUCUAAACGAGAGGGGCAUGGAGGGAGACUUCCUUGUGCGAGACAGCGAGUCCUCUCCAAACGAUUUCUCAAUCUCUCUGAAGGCAGCAGGGAAGAACAAGCAUUUUAAAGUGCAGUGCUGUGAGGGCAUCUACUGCAUAGGCCAGCGGCGCUUCAGCACCAUGGACGAGCUGGUAGAGCACUACAAGAAAGCUCCCAUCUUCACCAGUGAGCACGGGGACAAGCUCUAUCUGGUCAAACCGCUCCAGUGACCUUCCAGCCACAGACAAGCCUUAUUAGGACCUAACCGCACCUCAUGCCAAGCCGACCCUACGGCACCUUCUUUAUUCCCUCGUCAAUGGUCUGUUCUCACCAUGACUGGGUGUGAUUGAUCCGAAGCAAAGAGUGCCAAAUCAGUACUAUCAGCCAGAUAGUAGUGUCCCGUGCUGACUGGGACUGACUGUGCAGGUUCCCCUUUUUUAUUUAGGUUUCUUGCUUUUUAAUUUACGGUUCUCUUAUAAUAUUUACUUGUUCACACCUUUUAUUAUUUUUUGUAUUUUUUUUUACGGAAUUUUUUUGUUUGUGUGUCUGUUCUGACCUCUAGGAGAUGGUAAACAAUAAAUAUGUUGGAAAAUAAUAUUGAACCAAGCAAGUGAAACAAAUGCCUUUGUUUGUGUUACAGAUUCAUGUGAAUGUUGUCUUGCUGCAAACUCUUUCUCUAGUCAGAUUCUACUGUCAGAAACACAGUAUAUCAACAUUGAUCGAGUUUAUCACGCAAGUAAUGUUUUAACAAUGUUUCUAUUUGUAAAAGGUACUCUAUUCUAAUAGUUACGUACUGUAACAAAAAGUCCUCAAACCUCCAGGUACCACAUAAUGCGGAGAUUCCAAUAGGAGAGUAAACCAGAGGGAGUACAGGGACACUGCCCACUCCUGUUGCCAGAGAGACUAUUGGUGACUGACAGGUACUGGCUGCCCUCUGCUGGAGAUUUUCCCAACAUGCUAAUGGAAGACCUGUUUGAGAUGAAUGUCAGUAGAUGCUCAACCAAAUGUGCCACGUACACUCACGUUGUGUGUUACAGUGUAUCACUCCACAUUACACGUUUAUAGGAGCCUGAUCCUUUGAAUAUGUCAUUGUGCAUUUAAUUUCUCAGAUUUUUAAGUAUUGGUUUGAAUGUUAUAGAGCAUUGCUAUUUAAAUUGUUACAGUGUUAUGUCUAUUUAAACGAGAGAAUAAGGUACGUAUUCGAGAAAUGUACUAAGCACUGUACCAAUGACAGUUGUGUUGGGAGUUGAAAUAGCUUUUGUUUAAAUAAAACCUUUUGCAAAAUAA